AGAGUGGCAGUAAGACCAGUCGGGCCCCACAGCAGUGGUCUGCUGGGCUCUGCUAUGAGGCAGGAUUACCAGGGCCCUCUCAGAUGAACUGCAGUCAAGUCGACCUGGGGAUGAGUAUGAUGGACCUAGUCCACAGUGACAAUGACGUCCUGAGUGUAUCAAAUGUCUUCAAGGGCUGGCUGGCCGACUGCUCCACUGACACGGAACACCUCCACCUCCUCCUCCCUGCCAGGCUCGGGGAACCUCCCCUCACUCUCAAGUGUGACCUACAGGACAGGAUCAUCGACCCCCACUCCCUUCUUAACACCGGAGAGAGAAUUUGCACUAAAUGCAGGGAGUUCCCCAGCAGUCCGUCCUCACACCGCCAAGGUGUCAAAUGCUGCUCUAACUCCUCAACUGCCAGUCUACAAGUUGAGAGCUGAAGCCCUCGUUCAACCAGAGGGUGUGUGUGAGAGUGUGUUGUUUGGGAUGCCACUGAGUCUGAGGCCCACUGCCUGCUGGAGACUGGACUGGGAGGAACUGGAGAGAAACCAGGGGUGGUUCACUGCCCUCUGUCGCUCCUCCAACAAAAGGGAAACUACUUGCUGGCUGUGGCAGAGGACUCGGAACUGAGUCCCCGUUUCCUGAUUCUGCCCUCUCCGCCCCCCUCGUUAAGCCUCAUGAUUAAGUCCAUAGCUGUGCAGGAGCUGAUGAUGCCACAGGAGGUACCUCUGCCUGAAGACCAACCAUCUGACCAGGCAACUAGUGCCGUGGAACACUCCCUUGACACUCUGGAGAUAAAGACCACGUACAAUCCUCUGACUGUGUCCUCUAACCUGUACCACUCACUCUCUGUUAAUAAGAGGGGCUCCCUCUCUAAAGGCCACAGGGUUCUCCCCACUGGUCCUCAGCAACAGAUUACAGGGGCAUUCUCUUCUGGUCGGGACUCCCGCAGUCUGGGCCCAAGAAAGCAGUACAAUACCACCAAAACCUACUCUGAGAAGUGAUAUUAUAUAUAGCAAUACUUAUAAUCUGUGCAUAAAGCUGCAUACUGUUAUACACAUUAGCCAUUUGCCACUAAAUUGCAUGAUAUCAUCUGUAAAAUUAUUUGUCCAUCU